ACAUUAUAGAGAUACAUUAAUAUUUUUACUGACAGUGUGCAUAGUGAGUCGCCUUUGUUGUAUGUACCAAUUUAUAGGUACGUCAAACCCUAAAAAAGACUUGGAAGUGUUGUUCUUUUAAAUAUUAUGAAAGUGGAAUAUAUCGAAUUCUGGCAACCCGUGUACGGCACCUUUGCCCGGAUUAUAACUUCCGGGUCGUUUUGGUAAAUGGUUUUGGGUUGUGACUAAUCAUCUCUAAUUGCCCUUAAUAUGUUUGUGUUCUUAGUCUCAACACAAUUAUUCCAAAUGAAAUUACUCGCUCUUUCAUAUUUAUCGUUUUGUCGUUCAACAUUUCAACAUCAGAAAAAUAACUAAAUUGACCUCACGGAAAUGACGACACAGUGAACGUGCACAUGUAAACUGGAGGUGCAUUACAUACAUGUGCUGGCAGCAACACGCAAUUUAGAGUCUAGUUGGACGCAAAGGAGGGGACAAUUCACAUGCGAGACCAAAACAUCUCUACGUUUGCACCAUGAGCGGUCAGAGUUAUUAUCCCCCUCCGGACUUUGGCUGUCCCGUUCCCGAUUCGGCGGUGAUAAGACCAGCAACAUUCCAGUGCCAACAGCCACCCUGGAGCAACUUUCACCCCGGUAUGUGGAACUGGUUCGAGCAACCGUGCACCCCGUGGGGCUACAACGGUCAAGGAUCCCGGGGCGGCGGCGGGGGCGGCGGACCCCCCGGUGGAGAACAUUACGGGUUCAGUCAUUCACGCGGGCAGGGGUUCAAACGUGGUGCAAGAUAUGGUCCGCACCACGUCCACGUUAACAAGCAGAUGAAAAGAAAAGAACCAGAGUUUUCCCACUUCUGUGACACGUGUGACAAAGGGUUUAAAAAUCAAGAAAAGUAUGAUGAACAUAUUGCUCAACAUGUCAAGUGUUCGGUUGAAGACUGCAGUUUUACUGCUCAUGAGAAGUUGGUGAACAUUCACUGGAUCAAUAACCACGCCCCAGGAGCCAAAAGAAUCAAGUUGGAUACCCCAGAAGAAAUAGUAAAAUGGAGAGAAGAGAGGCGCAGGAAAUACCCAACUCUGCAGAACGUGGAGAAGAAGAGGAGAGUGAUGGAGACCAGGCAGGAGAGAGGAGAGGUUCUGGAAACGGCACAGUUUGGAAGGAUGAGGAGAAGAAGAGGCAGGGGGAGGGGGCCCAGAAGAGGCUUCCAGCAGGGCGGGGGGGGCAGACCCCUGGCCCCAGGAGGGGGAGGGGCAGAGCGAGCACCCCCCCUCACACAAACCUCCCAGGAGGGAGAUCCUCUGGGGGCUCUGGCCAGCAGUGACCCAGACUCGGACAUAGAGGAGUCAGCGGACAAUGCUAAGGGGGCAGGAAUCACUGUGGUGCCCAAACAGAUGACCUCGGGGCUGGGGGCGCUAAUGGCUAACUACGGCUCUAUGACAGAGAGUGACAGCGACCAGGAGCCGGACUUGCUCCCAAUCCAGAGAGCCAGCCUGCUCCUGUCGGAGAACCAGGUGCUUUUGAAGUCAGUCAGCCCUCAGAACCCAACACAGUCUCUGGGAAGGAGACCAUACCCUGAGAGCAUGAAGCCCAGGCCUGUUCCCCCCCUACCUCCCUGCAGUGGAAGGAGAGGGGGCCGGAGGGGGCAGCAACACACAGCACUGCCCCGGCGCCGUGCCACUUUACUGGAGAUGCUGCUGGCUCCAGACAUCCGCCAUGAGAGGAACGUUCUCCUGCAGUGUGUACGCUACAUCGUGCGGAACAACUUAUUUGGUCUGGAGGUUAAAACUCUGAACAGACAGGAGUCAGAGAAGAGGGCAGUGAGCGCUACAGAGGACAGGGCAGUGAGCGCUACAGAGGACAGGGCAGUGAGCGCUACAGAGGAGAGGGCAGUGAGCGCUACAGAGGACAGGGCAGUGAGCUCUACAGAGGAGAGGGCAGUGAGCUCUACAGAGGACAGGGCAGUGAGCGCUACAGAGGACAGGGCAGUGAGCGCUACAGAGGAGAGGGCAGUGAGCUCUACAGAGGAGAGGGCAGUGAGCGCUACAGAGGAGAGGGCAGUGAGCUCUACAGAGGAGAGGGCAGUGAGCUCUACAGAGGAGAGGGCAGUGAGCUCUACAGAGGACAGGGCAGUGAGCGCUACAGAGGAGAGGGCAGUGAGCGCUACAGAGGAGAGGGCAGUGAGCGCUACUGGAGAAGACCUUAGGAUCCUAAAGGAGAGAGAGAGUCAAGCUGGUAACAGUCACAUGAGGUCAGCAGAGCUAGCUAGCGACCAGCCACCAGUUCACUGCCUCAGAUGGCAGGUUGACAGUCUGAGUGUUUCCAGUCUGAGUGUUUCCAGUCUGAGUGUUUCCAAGGUGUUCUCUGAGCAGAGGCCCAGUCAGACAUCAGGCGCUGAUGUCAUGGAGACGGUAGUUGAGCGAGGCAUGCCACACAAGGAACACCUCCACACUCUGCCCCUGGAAGAGAAGCCUAACCCUGGGAUUAGACCUCCUAUAGACCCAGACCAACCCUAUAGACCUUCUACAGACCAGCCUUAUAGACCUCCUACAGUCCCAGAUCAGCCCUAUAGACCUCCUACAGACCCAGACCAGCCCUAUAGACCUUCUACAGUCCCAGACCAGCCCUAUAGACCUCCUACAGUCCCAGACCAGCCCUAUAGACCUCCUACAGUCCCAGACCAGCCCUGCAGCAGGACUGUGUGA